AUGAAAUCGUUCCUGGGGGCAGUAUGGAAAGCUCCCCGACAACCAACGCUGAUGCUGGUGCGAUGGCGCACCGGGUCGCGCCGCAUGAACAAGAAGAAGAAGAAGAGCGAGAAUAGGUUCGUCCCGGGAAAAAUCGAUGUAUGUUUUGUUCGAAUCUCCACGUGUGUUCGCAAUGCCCGCCACACCCGCUUCCCGGCCGGCGAUGUGCUAGACCAGUACGCCAAGUUCCGACGGCUGGUGCUGUUACGGUUCUCGGACGCCAUGAAUGGCGCGUGGGAAGCGUCUCAGGAGGAGUGGCGGGCGCUGGGGAUCUCGACCCCGGUGCAGCUGGACAAGGAGGCCGAGCUGUUCAAGACGGUGCUGCGCAAGGCGUUCGACCUGGCCACGCGCAACAUGGAAACGACGCGGGAGGGCAACCCGCUGUUCUGGAACCUGCGCAACGCGUUCAUCAAGGGCGGAGACUAUGGGAUCCGGCACGAGCUGCACUACGCGUUCCAGACGGUGCUGAUGCGGCCGCGGUUCCCCAAGGCGGUCACGGAGCUACACCGCGAGCUAGCGGACCUGCGGUUCCCCUAUGAGUGGUACCCGGCGACGCGCACGAUGCAGCGCACCAUCCACCUGCACGUGGGGCCGACCAACUCGGGCAAGACGUACAACGCGCUGCAGGCGCUGCAGAACUCACGGUCGGGCAUCUACGCCGGGCCGCUGCGGCUGCUGGCGCACGAGACGUACACGCGGUUCCUGGCGCGCAACAAGCCGUGCGCGCUGCUGACGGGCGAGGAGGUGCGGGUGCCGACCGACGCUGACACGUGGUUCCACAGCUGCACGGUCGAGAUGACGCCGCUCAACACCAAGGUCGACGUGGCGGUGAUCGACGAGAUCCAGAUGAUCAACAACCCAGAGCGCGGCUGGGCGUGGACCCAGGCCGUGUUGGGGGUUCAGGCCCGCGAGGUGCACCUGUGCGGCGAGGAGCGCGUCGUGCCGCUGAUCGAGAGCCUGUGUGCGCGCACGGGGGAGCCCCUGGUCGUGCACCGCUACGAGCGCCUCAACGGGCUCGACGUGAUGCCCACCAGCCUCAACGGCGACUUCUCCAAGCUGGAGCGCGGCGACGCCAUCGUGGCCUUCAGCAAGGUCGACAUCCACUCGCUCAAGACCGGUAUCGAGCAGGCCACGGGUCGCCGCUGCGCCAUCGUCUACGGCAGCCUCCCGCCCGAGACCCGCGCCAGCCAGGCGGCACUCUUCAACGACCCCAACAACGACUACGACUUCCUCGUGGCUAGCGACGCCAUCGGCAUGGGGCUCAACCUCGAAGUCCGCCGAGUCGUCUUCUACGCCAGCGAGAAAUUCGACGGCACCACCGUGCGCAACCUCACCGUCCCCGAGAUCCGCCAAAUCGGCGGCCGCGCUGGCCGUUUCCGCACCGCGGCAUCCGCAAACGCCGGCACCGACGCCGCCGCCAACACCGGCCCACCGACACCAGGACUCGUCACCACCUUCGAACGCGAAGACCUCCGCACCAUCCGCCGCGGCUUCACCGCCGACCCCCCGCCCAUCACCACCGCCGGCAUCCUCCCGCCCGUAUCCGUCCUCGAGCGCUUCCACAGCUACUUCCCCCCGCGCACCCCAACCUCCUUCGUCCUCACCCGCCUCCGCGAACUCUGCCGCCUCUCCUCCCGCUUCCACAUGUGCGACAUGACCGAAGCCGUCCUCAUCGCCGAAGCCAUCAAGCCCUUCGACCUGAGCAUCGCCGACCGCUGCGUCUUCCUCAACGUCCCCGUCGCCCUGCGCGACCCCCGCCAAGCCAGCGCCCUCGCCGCCUUCGCCCAAACCGUAGCCGAGCUCGGCUCGGGGCGCCUCCUCGAUUUCCCCAAGGGUGUCAUCGACCUCGAAGUCCUCGAACUCGAGGGCCCCGAGGGCCCCACCCGCGCCGAGCGUGCCUCGUACCUCUCCCGCCUCGAAUCCUUCCACCACGUCAUCUCCAUGUACCUCUGGCUCAGCUACCGGUACCAGGGUGUCUUCCAGAGCCAAGCCCUCGCCUUCCAGGUGAAAACCAUGGCCGAAGCCAAAAUCGCAGACCACCUGGCUAGUAUCGGAUUCGCGGCUGAUGCGCAGCGCACGAAGCGUGCUAUUGCCCGCAAGAUGGCGCGGAAGGCGGAGCAGAAAGAGAGGACGAUUCUGGGGCCGGAGCCCGGGGUGGUGGAGGAGGCCGUGGAGACGUUGUUUAAUGGGGAUGGGAAGGGGCAUAGUUUGGAGGAGAAGACGGAGUUGGAGGCGGAUAUUACGGAGGAGUUGAAGUUGGAACAGCUGGAGGUGACGGAUGAGAAGAAGGAGGAGGCUGCUGCUCAGGCUUAA